AUGGUGUCAACCGAGGAACAGCAGCGGUUGGAUCGGUUAAUCCGAUUGAAAACGCUCACAGAAAGUGAUAUCGUUCCCGCGUUUUUAAUGUCUGCAACGGAUUUAGAUGGUUUGUGGGCUCAAUUUAAGUCUGAAGACGAAUCGGUUCUAGAAUAUUUAGUCUCUCUCGACAAGACUGAUGACUACUCACCGGAACUACCGACAGAAGUGCGGGGGUUAAUUAAUGUGUCCAAAGCGGUUGCAGUAAAAUUAACACCAAAGGGGGCGGACGUAAUUGACAUGUCGUAUAUCAAUAAAAAAACCGCAUCCCAAGGCGACGGCGAGCAUUCCGUGUCUUCGUUAAUAGAUAAAGACACACCAAAGCCACUAUCGCGGCUCCCGGAUAUUCCGCUACCUCAAUUUGACGGUGAUUUUCGCUACUGGCCGUCAUUUCGCGACUUAUUCGUGGCAUUAGUCGAUCAACGUGCCAAUCUAUGUGCCACGGAUAAAUUACACUAUUUAAUUGGGUGUUUAAAGGGUCCCGCAGCUGAUGCAGUACGCGGAAUAACGGUGUGUGCGGAAAAUUACGCGUUAGUUUGGUCGACAUUAUCUAACCGAUUCAAUCGUCCGCGCUUGGUCGCUACGUCGUUAGUAGACAAACUAUUACGUGCGUCGCCUGUCACGCAAGAAUCUCUCACGGAGCUAAAUAAUUUUAUGUGCCUAUUUAGUGAGGGUAUUUCCUUGCUCGACGCAUUAAAAAUUCCGAAUAUGGGUUCAUUUAUAUUGUUUUCGGUCGCGUUUCGGUGUCUUCCGAUGUCGACCCGAAAACUAUUCGAGACAAAUACCAAAUCCGAUUAUCCUUCGAUUGAAAAGUUGAUGGAAUUCUUACAACAGCGAGUUGCAGUCUUGGAAAUUGUAGGCGAACCGCGCACAAAACCCACGUCAGCAACGCAAUUAAAACUUUCGCACCAUUCCGGCCAGUUUCAGCGUGGGGGAGACCGGGCGGGAAAGUCGACUUUCUCUCACCCCACCAUUCUAGUUACGUCCAAAUCAAAUACGUCGUGUAGUCAGAGUUGCCCAUGCUGCAAUGACACACAUAAUUUGAGUUCAUGCGUUAGAUUUAAAGGAUGGAGCGGAGAUGAACGUUUGCGGUGGACACGCGAAAAGGGAUUGUGUUUUAAUUGUUUCAGUAACGAGCAUUGGGCUCCAAAAUGUAAUUCUAAGGCGCGGUGUCAGGAUUGUUCGCGACGGCAUCAUCAUCUCCUACAUCCCCCCGCAAAUAUCUCCCACGAGAACAGUGGCCCGUCGUCAUCUGAAACAGUAUUGUGUGCUUCUGCAUCGCCGCAACGCCAAACGAUGCGCACACUCAUUGAUUGCGCAUCCGAAAUUAGUGUGAUAACCAGCGCUAGUGUCGAGCGAUUAGGCCUACGGCGCGAACGGUGGAUCACGCCGGUCACAGGUUUAUCGGGUGUACCGGUUACAAAUGCCCAAGGCCGCGUCGAAUGUGUUGUGCAGCCGCGUUAUGCGCAAGAGUCCGAGGUAGUUGUGAAUGCAUGGGAGUUACCAUCCAUUACGGCGUUAGCAGACCCGCUAUUCCAUAUUAAAGCACCGGUCGAUUUAUUUGUGGGAGGGGAUGUAUAUGCGACGAUAAUGGAUGGGCGAAAAAUCGUAGUCGAUGAAGGGCUCCCAGCUGCUUUCAGCUCUAUUUUCGGGUGGAUCCUGAUGGGCUCAGUGUCUGACUGUGAGCCGGGGCCAUAUCGCUCAUUACCUGUUUCUCUUAAUGUCUCAUUAGAGGGGUUGAUGUAUCGAUUUUGGAGCAAUGAGGAACCGGAGGCCGCCCCAGAAACAUUUACUGACGACGGGCGUUGUGAGACAAUUUUUCGCGACAAAUGUGUGCGACUAGCAUCAGGUCGAUUUUCCGUGCCGUUACCAUUCCGCACACCCGUGACCGAUAGCACUUUUAUCCGAUCGCGCGAUAUGGCCGUCAAACGAUUCGAAUCACUCGAACGAAAGUUAGCGGCCGAUCCUAAUGCGACUUGGCAGGUUUCACCAAGGUACCUCACAAGCCUGGUUCCAGCUCGUGUGUGUCGAGCAGUGGCGUAA